AUGUUAUAACGCUCAUGAGUACAGUGUAAUGCGAUUCAGUUUAAUUCCGUAGUUUUGUUAUAUAUAUUUUCAGUUUUCGUAAUUUAUAAUUUUCUGAAUACUAUUUAUAAUAUUUGAUUAAGUAUAUUAAAUAGUUAUUUGUUUAUAAUGCUGAAUUCUUCAAUAUUACGGCAGUUUUCAAGAUUGUCGCUAUGUUCUAUGACAAAAACACCUGUCAAUAGUCGAAAUAUUGCGACAACAAAUGCUCUACAAUUUAAAAUUACUGAUCAAUUAUGGGCUGAACCAAUGAAAAAAAAGAAGAAAAUAGACCCUGCUAUUAUCAAGGCUAGAGAAGACCGUAGACGUAAGAAGUUGGAGAAACAAAUUAGGAGAUUGGAGAAGAAUGCUCAGCAACUCAAGCCCAUUGAUGAAAUGGAGGUGCCACUACAUUUGUUGGACAAUAUGGACAAACGUAAAAGACCACAGCUACAGUUGUCAACAGAGGUGUUAGAGGCACGGGCUCUGCUGCAGAAGGAGUGGACUCGAUACAAACGUGAUGAAUAUGUGGCACAUGUAGCACAAAUAGACAGGAUCAUGGCUGCACAGAGGAGAGCCUUGGACAGGCUUUAUGAGGAAUCUGAGGAUUUGUACAAUGAGGCUGUCAUGCCAGACCUACAACUGGUACCAUUCUCGACUUCUGGCCCAGUGGCCACUCCACCUAUCAAAGGAUACGACACGCCCGAUGGUGAAUAUAUCGACAUCUCUAAAAAGUGGGAUAAUUAGAUGCCAUUAUUGUGUAGAAAUAAAAAUUGUUAUUAACUAGUGUACAUUAAAUAUUUAUUACAAA